CGAUUUGUUAUUGUUUUUGUCGAAUUCUAGAAUUCAUCAUCGCACUUUUGUCUCAAAUUUCAAGUAUUAUUCCUUUUUCUAAGACCGUUUCCUUCAUAUUUUAGUCUUUAGCUAGUAUGUUGGAUAGUUUUAAAAGCAAUUUUAGUUCACACCGGCUCCGGAAAUUCUUGGUUCUGUGAUUAGUUCGUACAGGUUCGUGGUACCUUGACUAUGGCCGGUUCUCAACGAGAGGCAAUUCAGAAACAGAUUCUUCAAGAUUGGGUCAAUCGUGAAUACAUUGAAGUCAUAACAGGCUCCAUCAAAAGAAUCACGGACUUCUUAAACAAUUUUGAUAUGUCCUGUCGCUCCAGAUUGGCAGUACUUGAUACAAAAUUGACAAAUCUGGAAAGAAAAAUUGAAUAUCUUGAAGCCAGAGUUACCAAAGGAGAAACCCUCACCUGAAAUGAUCAGAUCCCUCAACUCAUUGAGAAGCCAUAAGAUAUUUCCUGAAGUCAAAUUAGAAAUCUCUUCAUCCACACAUAUUCAUCUUGUUUUUUGUAUAUAGUGUGCUAA